UGGGGCUAUGGAGUUUCUUGCAGAUUACGGCGAAGAUGCCGAAAAUUCCAGUAAUAGUCUCAAUGAGAAGAAAGGAGAGUCAUCAAACAUGACUUGCGAUCAAGACUCCUUGUUUGGCUGUGGCAUCUUCCUGAAAAAGAAGUGGUGUCGGCAAACCAACUCCAUCAAACCUGCAGGCAGAAUGGGAUUCCUUUGAGAAAAUGAUAGGAGGAGGAAAAAGUCCAGACACUGUCUCUGCCCUUGGAGCAACAGCUGUGGACCCAGCAAGUUUUCUCCAAAGUGGUAUCAUUGCAUAUCCUGGGCUCAACAAGUCUCGAACAAUGAGCUUCACUGAGAGCAGUGGUGGGGAUGAACCAAAAUCAGCUGAUUUCAAGCUACAACCAGAUGCCCCAAACAAGAUGGUAUUCUCAUUCGAAGAGGUCCAGGACAACAAUGUGUUGCCUUCAGAGGUGGCAAGAGCUUCGAGAUCCAGAUCUAGGUCAUCAUCAGCAUCUUCAAGGUCAUCAAGCAGAAGUUCACGGUCGUCAUCUGCUUCUUCAGUGGAAAGAAAGAAAAGGGAAAAGAAGGUUGCGCAAACAGCAACAUCGAGAUCAUCAACUAGUCCUAAGAGAGUUUCAAAGUCAAAGUCAAGGUCACCCACCUUGGGGAGGAAGAGAAAAUCGCAUUCAAGGUCUAGGUCUCGGUCAAGAUCAAGAUCUAAAGGAAGGAAAUCCAGAUCCCACCAUUCUCCUGGAAGAAGGGAUCGAAGCUCAUCUAGAAGCAGAAGGCAUAGACAUGGUCGAUCAAGGUCACGUGAUCGUCACAGACGACAUCGCAGACAUGGUUCUAAAGAUCGAAGGAGCCACAGUAGGGACAGAAAUCGCAGAAGAAAAAGGAGGAGGAGCCACAGUAGAGACAGAAAGAAGAGAAGCAGUCACCACCGUAGGCGUAGUCACAGUCGGUCCAGAGGCAAGAGAAGGAGAAGCAAAGGGCGUAAAUCUCGCAGUCGUAGUCGUAGCAGAGACCGACACAAUCGCAGCCGAAGUAGAGACAGACAUCGUAGUCGAAGUGGAAGUAGGGAUAGGCAUAAGCGCAGUCGAAGUCACAGCAGAGAAAGGACUGGAAGGCCGGUAGAGCUUGCUUCAACUAUCAGUAGUAGUAGUGGUAGUGGGUAUGGUUACAAAGAGAAACCAAUGACUUUCAAAGAGCAAAUGAGACAACAACUUCUCAAAGCCAGCAAAAUAUUGAAAAAUGGAGAAUCCACCGAAGCCAGUACCUUGGAAAAGCCAAAUAAUAUGGCCAUGAGUCAGUCCAACAUUCUGAAGGCGAUGGCUGCAUCUGUCAAUUCUGCUACAGCCUCUGGUGUAACUCCACAGAUGGCUUUGCUGCAAACUAUGGCUGCUAUGCACCAAAAGGCUCAAGAAUUAACUGGAGUUACUGUUCCUAAGUAUUAUAAUCCUGCUGCAGUGAAUCCAUUGAAGUAUGCAGAACAGGUCCAGAAAAGGAAACUUCUCUGGUCAAAAAACAAGGACUCGAAAGAUUCUAAAGAUGAGACAACAACAUUAACAACAACAGCUGGAACAACAACAGCUGGAACAACAACAGCUGCAGAAACAAUGGCCGCAGCAUCACACAAGGGUAAUGAAUGGCAGAAAACAUCCUUCGCAUCAGAUCAAGAUGGUAAAAUGGCAGCAAAAUUCCGAAAGUUAAUGGGAAUGAAGGAAGGAGAAAGUGAUGAAGGCACAUCAGCCGAGUUAUCUGAAGAACAACAGAGGAAACAACAAGAACUUUUCUCCAGACUAGACAAAGAAUAUGAAUUUGCCCGUAUGACAACACAUACUCAUAGAGGUGUUGGUCUUGGUUUUGCUUCACAGCUUAAUCCAAAUCCUGGUGGCCCCUAGUAACUACAUUUUAGAUGUAAUUGAAUGAUAGUGAAUGUUUUCUGUACAUGAUGGUGAUGUGUGUGUGUGUGUGUUAAGUGUAUCAGUGUGAAUGCAUUCUUUAAAUGUUCCUGCAUUAAUGAAAGUUAUUUAUGUGAAUAAGAAUAAAUGAUUGAGAGCAAGUAUGGGCAGGAUAUUUUGAUCAUUCACAUCCUUGGUCACAUGUUGUUUUGUCACUUCUGAGGAGUGUUUCAUUUCACAGAUGCAAACAAAAAAAAAAACGUUUUGUAGACAUUGAUUUUUAUGUGCUUUACAACUAAUUUUUUAACCUUUAUUGAAUAUCAUAAUUAUACUGUCAAGUCACAUGUAAAAAAAAAAAAAUGAACUACCUGUAUAUAACUUUCAAGUAUUCGUGUCAUGGAUGUGUUUCACCAAGAAUUUAAUCUGGUUCCUGUUAUGAUUGAAUUGUAAUGAAUCAUUUUGUUGAUUACUGUUCAUCACUUUGUUUUCAUGUUAUUGUAUUCAUGGUCAAAGCACACUGCAGGUUUCCUAAACUGGUAUUAGAAUGAUCUGUGUGUAAUCAGUUUCAGUAAUGGUGGAAGUGAUUUUAUGAGCUGGAGGUGUCCAUAGUAUAAUGUAUGAAUUCAUGCCUUGCUUACCCAGCUGACUUGUAUGAUUUUCUUCAUUGAAUACUUGUUUGUGUAUAGAGUUCAAGAUGUAAAUUUCAGUAAGGUCUAUUCCAGUAAAUCAUCUACUUCAUACCAGGCCUACAAAAAGAAUAAUUCUAGCAAAUUAUCAGUUAAAUUGUAUUGGAUGUAUCCCUUAACAAAACCUGGAAUCCAGGGUUGGGAUAGGUAUUUACUGGAAUAGCCUGGUAAUUAUUUUCUUUGUACACAGAAUUUUUGAGGUGUUUCUAAUAGGUUCUUUUUUAUUAUGGGGAAAAAAGAGAACUAAUUGACUGAGAUAAUUCAAUUUCCCAUCAUGAAAGUAGUGAAGUAUUCAAAAAUUAAAAUUGAUAUAUUAUCGGCAAAUAUAUCAGAAAAAUAUUUCUAAAAUCUUAAAUCUUAAAUCAAGACUUUUUAACUCAAAAGAUGAAACCCAUCUUAAGCAUCGAUUUAUUGUCACAGUGCAGAUUAUCAAGAUACAUUUAUUUGCUUUUGUUUUGCUGAAAAGGGACAUUUUUCUGUGUGCCUCAUUUUUUCAUUUUUUGUUUAAUAUAAAGAGAUUUGCUGCAUAUAAAGAAUGGAAUUUUAGACCAGGUGCAGUUAGGAUUCUUGAACAGUCAUGAUUCAUGAUGACAAUGUUGGUUUGCAUCUAUAAGAUUUGCUAGGAUUGCUUCCAAUUUCAUUUUGCAUUUAAAUAGGAAAACAAAAUACCUAUGGCAUGGUAUCUAUCUGUUGAUUCUGUUAAUGAAAUUUUAUUGAUUCUUUGGACAUCAUCAAUUGAUUUCAUUGUCUUGUAUACAAAUAUAACUGUUAUUUCUAACAAAUUUUCUCUAAUGAAUUAAGUGAUCAUUUUCCAAAUAAUACUUUACAUAAACCUUGUGAUUGUUGAUUCUCCUUGAAUUGUGAUCAAAGCUUGACAUUGUGUCUUGAAUGUUCCAAGAAUAUUCUUUUACAGGAUGACAUAAUUUGUGUCUUACAAGAGACAGUGUGAAUAUAUGCAAUCAGAAAUAAACUACCAAGGUGAUAGUAAAUAAA